AGAGUGCGGCGCCGGGAGCGGGCGGUGGCGGUGGCGGUGCGGUGACGGGCCUGAGCCGGGGCUGUGACAGGGAGACGCCAUGGCCGUCGCUAUCCAGGAGUCCGCGCCGCGGAUGUUCCCGGAGCUGAGCGCCGAGGAGGAGGCGCCGGAGCUCACAGAGCUGGAGAGUCUGUGUAUGAACUGCUACAGCAAUGGGGUGACGCGAUUACUGCUGACCAAGAUCCCGUUCUUCAAAGAGAUUAUCGUGAGCUCCUUCAUGUGUGAUCACUGCGGCUGGAGUAACAGUGAGGUCCAGUCAGCUGGGAGGAUCCAGGAGCAGGGAGUGAGAUACACACUCCGCGUCUCCUCCAUGCAGGAUAUGAACCGCGAGGUGGUGAAAGCCGACUCGGCAACAACCCGAAUCCCGGAGCUGGACUUUGAGAUUCCGGCUUUCACACAGAAAGGGGCUCUCUCCACGCUGGAGGGUCUGAUUGACCGAACGAUCACUGGUUUGGAGCAGGAGCAGCCCGUACGCAAGGCAACCGACCCGACGUUAGCAGCCAAAAUCGAUGAAUUCAUUGAGAAAAUGAAGAAGCUGAAGGAUGUGGAGACGCCAUUCACAUUGAUCAUUGAUGAUCCCUCAGGGAACAGCUUUGUGGAGAAUCCCAACGCUCCACAGAAGGAUGAGGCGCUGACUGUGACUCAGUACAGACGGGACGCCCAGCAGGACAGCGCGUUGGGCCUGAAGGCGGAGGAAGAGGAAGAGGAGAAGCCAGGAAACACUCUGGAGGAAAUGAGGAAAGAGGUGCUGCAGUUCGCUACUAACUGCCCGGAGUGUAACGCUCCCGCUGAGACCAACAUGAAGUUGCUGAAAAUUCCACACUUCAGGGAGGUCAUUAUCAUGGCUACUGUCUGUGAGACCUGCGGGCACCGCACUAAUGAGGUGAAGUCGGGAGGAGGCACUGAGCCUCUGGGAACCAGAAUCACCCUCCGCAUCACCGACCCCAGCGACAUGACCAGGGACCUGCUGAAGUCUGAAACCUGCUCCAUUGCGAUUCCUGAGCUGGAGUUUGAGUUGGGCCAAGCACUCCUCGGAGGCAAGUUCACCACUCUGGAAGGGCUGCUGCAGGACAUAAAAGAGCUGAUCGUGGAGAAGAAUCCAUUCAUCGUGGGUGACAGCAUCACCUCCGAUAGGUCCGAGAAGCUGCAGGAAUUUGGGGACAAGCUGAGCGAGAUCAUUUCAGCUAAAAGAGAAGCUCACGUGGUCCUGGAUGACCCAGCGGGGAACAGCUACCUUCAGAAUCUGUACGCCCCAGACCCCGACCCCGAGCUGAAGAUUGAGAAAUACGAGCGCAGCUUUGAACAGAACGAUGAUCUGGGACUGAAUGACAUGAAGACAGAAGAUUACGCCGAGCCAGCGGAACACUGAUGUACAUGAUGGGGUGAUUGUGUGAAACAGUUCAUUGAGUCCUGAUCACACCAGCAAGAUGAUCCUCACUAAACUGUAAGGUAUUGAGGCCUGAGUGGAGGGUUGCCUUUUCAUGAUACAACUUGAGGUGCAAAACAAAGGACAGGAUUUAAGACCUGAAAUUCCACCUGGUCUGAGCCCAUUACACCAUUUUGUCAUCAAUUGAAUAUUGUGCAGUAAUGUGGAAAAUUCCCAAACGCAGUCCUAAUUUGAAAGCCCAGUUCCUAAAAACAAUGGGCUUUCAGAUUGAGUUUUCUACAAUGUAACACAAACGUCAGGCUGGGCGAGGACUGUCAGUGUGGCUGCCUCUGCCUCUCAUGGCUGUUUUACCCCAAGUGUAAACUCACUGUCUCCAUCUGCACUGGACACAGGGUCUUGGCACAUCAGUAUCAGUGUCCCUCCUCCCAGGCUCCUGUCUAUCAGUACAGGCUCAGGUUAAAAGAAUUGUAAUUUUCACACAUUUAACUUCCUCAACAAGUUGGGAAAUCUUAUAGCCUUGAAAAGCAGUGUUUUGUGGUCUAAUCAAUGCAGAUCAACAUGUCCUCAUACCUGCUGUACUGUUGCUGCUUCGCCCAGGCUACAGGGUGUGUGUGUGUGGUGUGUGCCAGCAUUAUCCUGACCCACGUGGGAUCAGAGCAACAGGUUAGAUCUUAUUGGAGAUUGUAGUUCAUUCACGUGGCCACACAGCUUGACGUGACUCUGCUGCCUGAGAAGCUGCUGUUUAGAUGGUGGUUGACUGUUAGAUUCAAGACCUUAAGUGAUGCUUAACAUUUGCAAUGGCCACAACACAGCGAAUGAGCAAGUAUUUAUUCAUCAUAUUAGGGGCGAAGGCGGAAGCUCCGGAUGUGGGACUGAAGCAGGAUGUGCAGAGGGCACCAGCCUUCAACAAAGUGCUUCAACUCCCAGCUUUCUGACUCUUGCUGUGAUGCAGCAGUUGCUAACACUAAUCGAGUAUCCAGUUGCACAGUCGGACCUCGUUCUACUGCGCUGCACUAUGGGCCUGUAUAUUGUCCUUUGUUUUGCACCUCAUAUUGUAUCGUGAAAAGGCAACCCUCCAAUCAGGCCUCAACACCCCUGGGGCUGACUGCCUGGCUCACAGCGUACAGCCCCAGCAAUCCACCUGCACAACUCAACCACGUCAACGUGGCUGACAUUAUCCGUAACUAUAGCGCAGCGGGUUAUAACAUGGGGUGUCAUCAAAGGGACCCAAACCACUGUGACCCUGACUGCUUCCCUGACCAGAGCAUUUCAAUUCUGACCGCAAUCAAGAGGCUGCUUUGUGACCUUGUUUUCGGGGCUAUUUUGGAUUGGGAGGGCAGUUCCAGAUUUCCAAGUGUAUGAGUUUGGUGCAGUGGACCUUUCAUUUUGGUGUUACUAACCAUUCUUUUGUGUUUAAUAAACAUGGUUUAUUGCAUGGAAA